GGCUUCCGCGGCCGGUCUGAGCGCUGUGCGGCCGCGGCGCCAACAUGGAGGAGCUGCUGAAGCGCGAGCUGGGCUGCGCCUGCGUGAAGGCCUCGGGUCACUCGGGAGGCGGGUGCAUUAGCCAGGGCCAGAGUUACGACACGGACACCGGAAGAGUGUUUGUGAAAGUGAACUCCAAAGCGGAGGCAAAAAGAAUGUUUGAAGGUGAGAUGGCAAGUUUAACUGCUAUUUUGAAGACAGACACAGUGAAAGUACCCAAGCCCAUCAAGGUUCUUGAUGCCCCAGGAGGUGGGAGUAUGCUCGUGAUGGAGCAUUUGGACAUGCGAUAUCUGAGCAGUCAUGCUGCAAAGCUUGGAACCCAGCUUGCAGAUCUACACCUUGAGAACAAGAAGCGAGGAGAGGUGCUCCUGAAGGAGGCAAGCACAGUGGGGAAAGGAGGUGGGCAGGAAGAGCAGCUCUUCGUGAACCAGUUUGGGUUUGAUGUGGUAACAUGCUGUGGAUACCUCCCUCAGGUAAAUGACUGGCAGAAGGAUUGGGUUACAUUCUAUGCCCAGCAACGCAUUCAGCCCCAGAUCGACAUGGUGGAGAAGAAGUCUGGGGACCGGGAAGCUCUUGAGCUCUGGUCUGCUUUGCAGUUGAAGAUCCCUGACUUUUUCCGUGACCUGGAAAUCAUUCCCUCUUUACUUCAUGGAGACCUCUGGGGAGGAAACGUUGCAGAAGAUUCCUUUGGGCCCAUCAUUUUCGAUCCAGCAUCCUUCUAUGGUCACUCAGAGUAUGAGCUGGCAAUAGCUGGCAUGUUUGGGGGCUUCAGUAGUUCCUUUUACUCUGCCUAUCACAGCAAAAUCCCCAAGGCUCCAGGAUUUGAGAAACGUCUGAAGUUGUACCAGCUCUUUCAUUACCUGAACCACUGGAAUCAUUUUGGGUCAGGGUACAGAGGUUCAUCCCUAAACAUCAUGAGGAACAUCACCCAAUGAGCUGUUUUCCCACCAGAAGGCAGAGUCUCUAAGAAGUGUGCUGAGGGUCUUGUUUCUCCACAGUCCUAUUCCUCAUGAAUUCUUCUUGUUGACCCCAUAGUUGGAUUGCGUGCAGUCACUCAGUGGCUUAUUUCCAAGCCUCCUGAAGUAUGGGUUGCCUCAGGAAAGGUUAUGAUGACCUCAGGUUUUACAUUUUGUUAGAUUUCCUGCCUGGAUAAGGCCAUACUGAUGAUGUAAACAUUUAGUAAUGCUUUGCUCCAAAGGUAAAGAACUGUGAGUGACUGUAUGGGAAGAAUGGAGGGUGCCCAUUGUGCAGGGAAGUGACUGGUAUGUCCACCUGCUGCCUCUCCACGUCAGCAAUAUCUCUGACCUGUUCAGUCAUACUUUGUCAUGCUAAGACUUGGAAUCUUACCAUCACAUGGAAUCAUCCUAAUAGAAGCCUUGAAUAAUGACCAAUUAUACAAUCAAAUACAUUCUCUUUUCUUUGUGCAGUAUCUCUGGAUCCUACUAAGGGCAGAGCAGGUCAAUAGAUUGGUUUUGGGACUGACCAAGUUGCCAGCCUUAAAGUUAAUUUGGUAAUUUUAGGAGCCUUCAACUACUGUAAUUCCAACUUUGUGCUGUUUUCCACAGCUUGCCAAGUUGUCGUUCCUUUGCAGCUUAUAAAAUGAGUAUUGGACUAAUAUUUUUUUCUGUCUUUCAGCAUUGUAAUAAUGAGAAAUUUUGUGAAUGGUAUUGAUGUUGAUAAAUCUUUUUACCUAAAAGUUUGAAUAAAUUUUCAGUAGUUUCAGUGA